GUUCGCAGAUGACUAUUCGUCUUCGUACAUUGACUAAAGAACUAGUAGUCUAUAAAGAAUCCAUCAAUUAGAUUGGAAAGGUCCCAUCCCGGCGGACCCCGCCGCCGCAUGAUCCAUCUCCGACGCGGCGAUCCGCCUACAGCAUUUGGUAUUUCGUAUUUUACUCUACUUCUUCUUACAUUCAACUUACAACCAAUUUAGUUAUUCUCCCGAUUAAGAUCCUCCUUCUGCCAUAGAUAAUGGUGGUUAUUAGUUACAAGAAUCCAUCAGCCGGAGACUCCUCUAACCCGGCAGUGGGAAGAAGAAUGAUACUUCCGGGAAGGAUUAAAGAUGGCAAACUCAGAAUAUUUCUCGAUACAGGCAGUCGGGAUUACAAUUUCAUAAACCCAUCUCAGGCCUCCUCCCUAGGGUUACCAAUUACCGAUCUAAUCCCACCAAUUGAGGUGGAAGGAUUUGGAGAGCACCAUUUUUCAAUUACUAAAGUGUGCCAUGGGGUGGAAGUAAUUCUUGACGGGGUUGUUGACAGACCGAAUCGAUUGGAAUUGAUGAUCGGAGACAAUCACAAUGACGAUCAUGAGAUCGACGGGCACUCUCGAACACUAAAAGCCGCCUAUAUGGAUGCGAGUGGUGGUGGUAGUUUGACAAAAAGGGUGGCUUGUUCUUCUUUACCAAGGGUUAAUAUUGUUCUUGUUGGGUACCUUAAGGACCGUCUUGAACGUCAGGUUAUUGCAAUGUUUGAUACUGGAUCCAAUUGUAGUUUCAUUAGUCCUUCCACUGUUGAAGAGUUUGGGUUGAAACCCAUCAGUAUAAAAUCAUUUGAGAGCACUGGUUUUAGUGGAAAGGGAGGAGUUGUUUCACAGAUGUGUCAAGUGGAUUGGAGUUUUGAUGACAUGGGAUUUAGCUUCGACUUGAACAUUUCCAAUCUUGGGUUGAAAGGUCAGAUGGACAUGCUGAUAGGUGUAGAUUGGAUGUACUACUACAGCCCAAUCUAUUUCGACCUUGUCCAAGUGAAGGUUGGCAUCCUCUAUGAUGGGCAAUUACGGUUUAUCCAAGGUGCUGUCACCAAACCGCAUCCAUCCUAUAAUACUUAUGUUCAAAGUAUUCUGGAUAAUCCAUUGUUUCACCAGUCCAUCGGAGACCAUUCCAACAAAUCCAACAAAAGAAAAAAGGAGUCCACAAGUAUAAAGAGGUUGGAAGUCUCAAAGAAGCAAAAGAAGAUCCAUUGACUACAUAUCAUUCAGUGUUUUCAGUUUGCUACUACGCAUCUUGCUGUGGGAGUACCAUGUAUGGCCCGGGGAAAUUUCUGUUAGUGUCUUUAUUUAGUUGCUGGCCAAUCGAAAAUUCCGAAGCCCAAUCAGUGUGUCUUGUUUGUUUGUAGUAGCAAAUGAGAUUAGCCUUGCCAUGAGCUGCUUUGAAUGCCAAUGGACUCGGAUCAAAUGUCAUUCUAUAUA